GACACCAGGAGGGAGAAAUGACCAAUUGAACCACGAUGACCAGUGAGCUCUGAUAGAGUACAUUAUCUUUUUGUGUCAUCAAGGGCAAGGUCCAUUGAUGCUAUGCUCUAAGCGUGGCAUCCUUUAUAUUCUUUUCUCUUCCACUUUUGCAGGAGAGGCUUAGCCGCCUUCCCUUCUAUUGAAAUUUUAAGUACAGCAUCCGUCGACUAUUCAAGAUGGCGGUAUCAUUCCAGCCUCGACUUUUCUUACGAGCGCUUCAGCUCCCAAUCCGCGGCGCCUCGUUCUCGUCCUUCCGAUCGUAUUCGAGUGUCAUCCACGAAACCGAACGCCCUCCAGUUGAAGAAUCCUCCUCUUUCGACCCGAGCAUCGCUUUCGCACCUCCUCCAACCCGAGAUGAAGCCGGUGUUUUAGUCAGGACAUACAAGCCUCGAACUCCCGGUGUGAGACAUUUGCGACGACCUAUCAAUGAUCAUUUGUGGAAAGGUCGACCUGUGCAUAGAUUGACGUUCCCCAAAAGAGGUCAUGCUAAGGGUGGCCGUAAUCAUAGUGGUAGAAUUACGGUGCGACACCGUGGUGGAGGUCACAAGAGGCGAAUUCGAAUGGUAGAUUUUGCCAGAAAUGAUCCGGGUCCACAUGUUGUGGAAAGAAUUGAGCAUGACCCAGGCCGAACUGCGCAUAUUGCUUUGGUUCGCGCCCAAAGCAAUGGAAAAUUGAGCUACAUUCUGGCCGCCGACGGCAUGAGAGCCGGUGAUGUUAUUCAGAGUUAUAUGCCCGGUAUUCCAGAUGACCUCUGGAAGAGCAUGGGCGGAGUUAUCGACCCUGGUGUGCUUGCCGCGCGAACAGCAUGGAGAGGAAAUUGUCUACCUCUUCACAUGAUUCCUGUUGGUACAUUAAUCUUCAAUGUCGGUUUACGACCAGGCAAAGGUGGUCAGCUUUGUCGCAGCGCGGGUACGUUCGCUACAGUCAUUGCCAAGGGAACCGAACAGCAAAAGAAUGAGGAACGCAAGCAACAACUAGAAGCCGAGGCUGGCACUGGAGAAACCGAAGAGAAGAGACUCUCUCAGCGAGAUCGUCAAAAAGUGCAGCGCGAUGCCAGCCAUGUCACAAUCCGCCUUCAGAGCGGUGAAGUGCGACUGAUUCAUAAAGAUUGCUGUGCCACAGUCGGUGUUGCUAGCAAUCCCAACUACCAGUAUACACAGCUUGGAAAGGCUGGUCGCUCACGAUGGCUGAACAUUCGUCCUACCGUACGUGGUGUGGCUAUGAAUGCUAUGGACCAUCCACACGGUGGUGGCCGUGGUAAAUCUAAGGGAAAUGUGCACCCGAAGAGUCCUUGGGGUAUUCCGACCAAAUCCGGCUACAAGACUCGUCCCAAAUGGAAAAUCAACAAAGCUGUUGUUGUCCCUCGUGUCCGGAACCAAGGAAAGCGUCGCAGAGGAUACAACUAAACUUAAUUUCGUGUUCGCUUUCCACUCAAUUUGUCAUCGAAUAUACGGAACAAUACGUAUCACUCCUGAUUAGUCUCUAUUGCAGGCAAUUCUGGAGUUCUGCAAUAGGGCAUGUAUAGUUUGAUCAUAGAGCUAGCUACCUGUAUAACCUGUAUUAUAUUACUCUCUU